UUGGUCGGAUUAAAACCGGAAAAAGGUGUCACAAAGACAAGAUUCUCCUGCGUAAAGCGACAUGAAUGUUUUUGCUGUUUCGGGAGGCAUAUUUUUUAUAAGAAAAAUCUCUCAUUUUAAUUUGUAAACUUUUUACAGGUCAAAAGGUUUAAUCAUGGCUUCUCGUGGAAAAUCGGAAACCAGUAAAUUAAAACAAAACAUGGAAGAGCAGCUGGACAGACUAAUGCAGCAGCUCCAAGACCUUGAAGAGUGCAGGGAGGAGCUGGAUCCGGAGGAGUAUGAAGAGACAAAGCGGGAGACUUUGGAGCAGCUGAGCGAGUUCCACGACUCACUGGAGAAAAUCCUGUCUGGGAACAUGACUCUAGUGGACGAACUUGGAGGGAUGCAGCUGGCCAUCCAAGCCGCCAUUAGCCAGGCCUUCAAGACCCCCGAAGUUAUCAGACUGUUUGCCAAGAAACAGCCUGGGCAGCUAAGGACCCGGCUGGCUGAGAUGGACCGUGAUGUCAUGGUGGGGAAGCUCCCCAGGGGCACUUACACGCAACAGAAAGUGGAAAUCCUCAUGGCGCUUAGAAAACUGGGGGAGACGCUUCCAGCAGAAGAUGAAACGUUUCUCACCGCAAAUGCAAGUGGCUGCCUGAGCCAGUUUGAGAAGGUCACAGUAGGGCUUGGUUCAGAAGAUAAGAUUCUUGCCUUGGCUUCAUCUGGUGUGAAGGCCAAAACGUAAACAGGAGCCUGAAGGCAUCUCCUGUUCCCAGGAUUGAAUUGUCUUUGGUGCAGAUUGUUGGGGCUGAUUUUAUGUUAUUGUGGAAUGUGUUGUCUAUUUGGUGGAAAAAGAGCAGGAUAAAGUCACCAGAACCUUGGUUUUCUGUCAGUCACCGUAACCGCAAGCUGUGUUUUGCCAUGUUGGACACUUUUCUUAAAUAAAUGUAUUGCCUAGGUAGACACAGCAGAUCUGUGCAGUGGUGGGUGACAAGUCCUGCGGCAUUUUAAUAUUGUGAACACCCUGUUAAGAAACUAAACCCUGUGUCCCCCCCCCCCCCCAUUCAUGUACAGAAAGGUACACAGCAGCUGUUUUAAUGUCUUUUUGGGUUAUAAAAGUGUUUUUCAAGAGCAUUAGCAUUUCUUCUUAAAUUGUAAUAUUUUCAAAUUCCUCUUAACAGGUGUUUUUAGCCGGGGUUUGGUGUGUCUAUACUUUUAUUGGUGAUAAUAUCCAGUGUCAGUUUUUUUCAGUACCGAUUCUUUUUUAAACCGUAAUUUUUAGAACACUUUUAACCAUUUUGUCAGCUUUCUUUACAAUAAUGAAAUGUAAUGGUAUAAAAGAUACAAAAAUGCAACUUAUGUGCUGUGCGGAAAAAACUGUCAAUAUACAUUUUAAUUAAGAUUUUGUAAACAGUCCCACUGUGUACGGUGAACUGAAACGUAUAACCUGUGAUAAUCUUUCGUUAAUAACCUGUUUAAUGUUAAUGUGAGUUUAAAUAUUUUUAAAUCUGGAAGUGAGAUUGUAAAUUGUAAAACGGUCAAAAACGCAACGAUGCAACUUAAA